AUUUUAUUUUUUGUUGAAAUUAUUAUUUUGUAUGUAACUGUAAAAAGCGACUGGAAGUUGACUGGAGCAACUUUGCCGCCCACAGCAGCAAGACCGCACUGGUUUCUUUGCUUUGCGACUAUUUUCACAAUGCGUCUUUCUAAUAAUUGAACAACAACAACAAAAAACAUGGUUAUGUUGCUAAUUGGUUCGUUUAUGACUAAAUUUAAUUGUGACGUUGCUACUGCUUUGAACGUAUAGCACCGCAUGCUGUUUUUUUGUUUUGUUUUUUUGUUGUUUUUAAUUCUUCGCGUUGGAGACCAGGGAGAAACUGUUGUCUCACUCGCACCCUCCUAACAUUUUACUUUUACUGAACCAGCACGCCGUUUGGCCAACUAAUUUCUUGGUGUGGUUUAAGAGCAGCCGACAGCCAAGCCGGAAGGCAAAUGUUCCCAAGCCAUUUGCCACUCUUAAUAACUCGAGUCACACGUUUAGUGGUGCAUGGCAACUGCGAAUCGCUCGAGCUCCAGGUUUGAAGUUCCCCACAUGGCAGUUUCCUCAGACUCUACUCUGGAUGUUUUCAAACUCAGCUCUGAUUGGGUGGAGAUCCUGGAGCCACGCUCCCGUGAGCGCAUGUAUGUGAACUUGACCACCGGGGAGUGCGGAUGGGAUCCUCCUCUCGGUGCUCCCGUCCGUCAGGCAGAUGGUAACCAGUGGUGGGAGCUCUUUGACCCCCAAAGUGGCCGCUUCUACUACUACAACUCUACAGGGCUCCGCACAGUCUGGCAUCGGCCACAAGGAGCAGAUAUAGUGCCCCUCUCCCAGCUUCAGGCUAUGAAGCGCUGUAGUGAGGCCAAGCGGGCGGGAGUGGGUGCGGAGAGGCAGCAGCAUGUGACCACAGGGAGUAUCAGCAGUGUGGGGAGUCAGGGUCCAUGCACCUCUCUGCCUGAGCAAGAUGGAGACAAUCCUGGGACAACUGAGGUGACUUCUAACCUAGAGCUGGACCCAGCAGUGGAUGUCAGGUCACAGGCAGACGGAUGCAGCAAUGAAAACAAAGAACCACAGAGAGAUGGUCCUCAAAGAUGGCAGCCUACACCUGGUUCUAAGGCAGCAAUGUUGGUAAAGGUGAACAGCAUGAAUCGGAGCCAGCCAAGCCCAGCUUCACAGCAGGAGCUCAUCCAGCACAGUGCACUCAACAAACCCAGCACCUUCACGCUACACCCAUCCAACAAUAAGGCCCAAGGAGGAUGCUUAGACUCCAUCCUGGGACAUAAAACCGCCCCCUGUGGCAAAACGGCAGCUGACGCACGCCAGGCCCAUCACCUAAGAAAAGCCAGUAAUGGCAGCUUUUGUUUAGUGACAUCAGACGGUAGUCAACCCAGUCCGCACCUUCAUAGAUCACAGACCAGCACACCACGCCCAGCCUCCCCCCAGUAUGCUUGCAGUGCCCCAAUCUAUGAUGAGCCAGUUACAGACUCUCCCAUAUAUGACGAACCCCCAAUAGACAUGGAGGUAGAAGGAGCACACCUUUUCAAUGGGCAACAACUGUCUCGCCUGACUCCCUCCCAUAGUCUCCAGAAACCAAGACUUCUCCAGCAUCCCGGUCCAUCUCUCCCAGGUUCCAGGCACAGGAGAAAUCCUUCUGCCUCUGACUAUAGCCCAGCUGGACUAGAGUGCAUCAAACAUAUGAUCAAUGUAGACCCCAAGCAGCUCCUAUCUGGCUCCCCUGUACCUACAUGCACCGCUUCUCCGACAUCCCGGCGGGACCUUGUCCCAAUACAACCUCAGUCACAGGCUCACUCUUUGCCCCAAAUUCAAGGCCAGUUACGGGACAGAGAAGCAGGGACCCCAGGCCCAAAUACACUGGAUAAAAAGCAGAGUUGGCGAGUCCUGGAGGCCACAGUACAGCGUGCUAUGGAGGCACGACACAGUAGGCAGAGCAGCCAAGCUUCACAGGACUUCGCCUCCUUGACACCUCAGGCAACCGCAAACUAUCAAGACUCUGGCUACUCCACUGGGCCCUCUCCGAGUCUAAGAAGAAAGAGUAGGAGAAGGAUGGGAGGUGCAGGAGGCAGGCCUGGGUCAGUAGGCAGUAGUGGAGAGCUCUGUGCCCUCAAUGAGAGGUUGAUGGCCGAGAUGAGGGAAGUGGUAAGUCGCUCCAACACCAUGAGGGAGGUAAGAGUGGGACUCGAACAGGAGGUAGUCGAGAGGGUAGUUGUAUCACAGACACGCUCCCCCGUAGACUCACUAAGGUGGUAUGGAGGAGGAGGAGGAGCAGGACGGGGUGUGUCAGUCGGCAGGUGCUCAUCUCGAGACGACAUCACUGGGACUUCCCGCUCGCUGAGUAAGGCAGGCAAUGCUGCUCUAAACCCUCAAGAGAUUCCAGGGAGACAGAAAAGGACGUAUGAAAAAGUUGAUGGUUUGGAGAUGAGUAUUAAUAGCCAGGCCAGCCUAUCUUCACCUGAGACUCCAGGCCCACCCUCCCAGGUGAGCACCCUUGAGCUACAGGCUCAGCUGGAGAGCAGAAAGAAAGACAUGGUGGAUGGACGCAGUGCGUCCCUUGGUCCACACCGACCUGCCAACCAUGACAACAGAGAGGGAUCUGAAGGAGCAAAAGCGGCAGAAUCUUCUUACCAGUUCUCCUACGCCACCCUGCGACAGCCGCCACCUCCAGACGUCGGAAUGGAGGACUGGGCCAGCAAGCAUCUCAACAUGCACACACAAGGCCUGUUCCGGCGCCGUGUCUCCAUUGCGAACAUGCUGUCUUGGAACCGAGGUUCCAUCAAAAAGCCCAUGCUCGUCACAAGCAACCGCGCUGUCAGAAAGGAGGCUUGCGAAAUGUUCAAGCUGGUGCAGGCCUACAUGGGAGACAGGCCCUCACGUCUGGACCGCCGUCACUGUGCCCUACUCAUUGUCACCAAGUGCUGGGACAUGCAAGGACUGCGGGAUGAGCUGUACGUGCAGCUAGUGAGGCAAACUACAGGAAAUGCGAGCCCCAGAAGCUUGGCGGCAGGUUGGGAACUGAUGGCCGUCAGCUUGGCCUUCUUUGCCCCAUCGCCCAAGUUCCGCUGUUACCUGGACGGCUACAUCCAGAGACACACGGAGCCAACCAGCGACAAGAAAUGUGAGUCUCAGACUGAGAAACAGGUGACUCAGUUCAUAUUGGAACAGCAGGAACUGAAGCUAAAGAAGAAUUCAAAAUCAAGGAAGAAGCGAAAACAAAACACAGAUGAGGAAGAAGGCCUGCCUGUCAGCACAUACGCCAAGUUCUGCCAUCGGAAGCUGCAAAAGGUGGCCAUCACGGGAGGGAAAAAGGGGCUACGUAAGCCCACCUUGGAAGAGGUCGACCAUAGUAGACGGGCCAUCAUCACCCCAUCCCUGUUUGGUAGCUCCUUGGAGGAAGUAAUGGAGCGGCAGAGCGAGCUCUUCCCAGACAGGAAAUUACCCUGGGUGCAAGUUCAACUUUCUCAGUAUGUUCUGGCUCUGGGCGGGGCUCAGACAGAGGGCAUCUUUAGAGUGCCCGGAGACAUCGAUGAAGUCAACGCAUUAAAGCUGCAAGUAGACCAGUGGCGGAUCCCCGAGAACCUGUCGGACCCAAAUGUUCCUGCCUCUCUGAUGAAGCUGUGGUAUCGAGAGCUGGAGGAACCUCUCAUCCCCAUGAACUUCUAUACACAGUGUGUCAACAACUGUGACGACCCAGUUGCAGCCGUUGCCGUGGUUCAGUCUUUGCCGGAGCUCAACCGGCUGGUGCUCUUCUACUUCAUCCACUUCCUGCAGGUGUUUGCUCAACCAUCUAACGUAGCGAUCACCAAGAUGGAUGUGAACAACCUGGCCAUGGUGAUGGCCCCAAACUGUCUCCGGUGCCAAUCGGACGACCCCCGGAUUAUCUUUGAGAACACACGCAAAGAGAUGUCCUUCCUGAGAAUGCUUAUAGUUCACCUGGACACGGGUUUCAUCGACGGAGUGGUGUAGACUGAGAAUAUCUCUCUGCAGAUUACACUGGAAACUCGCGGCAUGAGAUAUGACGCCUCACUGAGAGACAAAGCAAAUCACCGGAUGGUUCAUUUGGUCCAAUGAUACUAAACGACACAGUUUCUUGCAAGAAACUCACAACUGAGCCAUCCUUUGGUGACCUAUUUUUAACCGGUGCACGUGAUGACAAGUUAACUCCUUUUCCUCACGAAAAUAGUUGUAUGUGUACAACAACUUCAGUUCAAGCAAGUAUAAGACUAUACAGAGUGUGCAAAUAGUCACUAAAGGUUCAUGCUCUGCUGAUGUUUAUGCUCCCUCGUGUGUAUGAUCAUUUUAAGCGUGAGACACUGAUCAUGCAGAGAUUUAUAUUGAAAAUACAAAGAACAUCUGUAAUAUGCUUUCGUUGUUAUCUGAUCACUGGUCUUUUUUUUUUUUUUUUUUUUUUUUUUUUUUUUACGUGAUUUUGAGUACAGACUAUAGCGUAUACAUUUCAAAGCACAAACUGUUGAUAUUGAGUGUGCUUAGAUUUUCUGACUUUUAAUAUUCAUUCGAGGGCAAACUGAUUUGUGUAUUUACAUCAUGUCUUUGUGAAGUGGGAGAUUACUUAUUUAAUAAUGAUUACGGUAUAAUUAUUAUAAUAAUUAUACAAUCUAUAAGAAUUAUUUCAGUUGGACCUCUGUUCUAUAUUCUUGUGAUCUGUGUGUCGCGGCUCAGGUCGUACUGCGAAAAAACAAACAAACGGAUGUUUGAGGGGAUAACUGUACUGUCGUCUCCCCACAGACAAAAUACGUCAUCCUUGUGGAAGCCCUUUACUGAGAAUGGACUGUUGUUCAACUGUCAAGCAUUAUGAGAAUGUAGAUUUAAGUUUAUGAGUCCUCUCUGACUUUUCUAAUGUAAAUAUAUCGUGUGUAAAUAGUAUUAACAGUUUAUUCAAACGACGAAGGAUAAGCGUGGGAGUUGCCGUAAUGAGCAAUAAAAGAUUUUUGUCAUUAUUAUUUUUUGUUCUGCUGUAACCGCCUGCCUUUUGAACAUAGAACUGACUCAAACCACUCAACGUGUGUAUGUGUGUGUGUGUGUGUAUAGUCUAUCUCCUUGUUUGACUAUAGAACAAUUGUCCAUAAAUAAAGGUUUGUUCAAUUGUA